AUGGGAGACAGCAGGAUCUUCUCCAGAACUCAACAACCUGAAGAGCCUCAGCCCCUAUCUGAAAUAGAGGAGCAGGCAGUGUCCACCCCCACCAUCAAGAAUGAAAAUACUCUGUGUCCAAGACAAAGGAAUGCCAAGGUGGAAGAUCUUUGGAGUCUGACCAACUUUUUUGGUUUUGCAACUGAAACGUUUGUUUUGGCUGUUAACAUUCUGGACAGAUUCUUGGCUCUUAUGAAGGUGAAACCGAAGCAUCUGUCUUGCAUUGGAGUUUGUUGUUUCCAACUGGCUGCCCGAGUAGUUGAAGAAGAAUGCGAUAUUCCAUCUGCUCAUGAGAUCAUCCGGAUCAGCCAAUGUAAAUGUACUGUGUCUGACCUGAAACGGAUGGAAAAGAUAAUUUCAGAAAAGUUGCACUUUGAAUUUAAAGCUACUACUGCCUUAACCUUCUUGCACUUGUACCAUACUAUUGUACUCUGUCAUACCUCAGAAAGGAAAGAAGUAUUGAAUCUUGACAAAUUGGAAGCACAGCUAAAAGCUUGUAACUGUCGUCUCGUCUUUUCUAAAGCAAAACCGUCUGUCUUGGCCUUGUGCCUUCUCACUCUAGAAGUUCAGACUUUGAAGUCUGUUGAGCUGUUGGAGAUCCUUCUGCGUGUUCAAAAGCAUUCUAAAAUAAGUGAUAGUGACCUGCUUUACUGGAGGGAACUGGUCUCGAAAUGCCUAGCAGAUUAUUCUUCUCCUGAAUGUUGCAAGCCUGAUCAUAAAAAGCUAGUUUGGAUUGUUUCAAGGCGUACAGCCCAGAAUCUACAAAACAGUUACUACAGUGUUCCUGAGUUGCCAACGAUACCAGAGGGUGGAUGUUUUAAUGAAAGUGAGAGUGAAGACUCCUGUGAAGAUAUGAGCUGCGGAGAAGAAAGCCUUAGCAGUUCUCCUCCAAGUGAUUUGGAAGGCGCCUUCUUCUUUGAACUCAAACCUAAAACAAAGUGGCAAACUCUUAGCUGUCGGUCUGAACAUUAAGUCUUGAUUGUAUGAGGUUGAGAUUUUUCAUGUACCAUGGAGUCUUUUGGCAAUAAUAAAUGAGGUGGUAAUCUGUAAACCGUAUUAAGGCAAGAAUUGCUGUGGUAUACCGAUGCUUUGAAUGCCUGCCUUGUUUAUUUGUUACAAUUUUAAGGAAGAAAAAAACCUUUUAGGUCCCCAGUUCAGCAAAAAA